AUGGUCAGCUCAAUUGAUCACAAGGCAUCAUCGUCUGGUUUAUCGACUAAGGAGAAGCAGGAUACACCCAUUGAUCUUGCGGACCAAAGCCCCUCAAAUCCGUCGUCAGGAAAACGUCGAGUUUCUAAGGAGAAGCUCGCGACGAUUCUAGAGAAUAGUAAAGAAGAAAAAAAGUCUGAAACUUGGGAUGCUCAGGAAUCAAAACAGAAAUUAGAAGAUGAAAGUGGUUUGAAACAACGAGUUGUUGUCUGUAAACAACUCGCUGUUUAUGUUCCAAAUGUUGAUUUUUCUUUGCGAUUUGCUGUUGUAGAAGAAUUGACUGAUGAUCAAGGUUUGGAUAACGCUGCCACUGUUGUUAAUGAAGAAGAGACUCGAGUAGAUGGGAUUCUUGAAUUUGAAACUGAAAAUGAUUUGGAAGGGGAUGAGAAUAUUCAAGAAGAAGGAACAUUGUUGAUGAAUAAUUUGUUGGUAGCGGACAAACGGGCAACUGAUGAUACAGCAAUUGGUUCGUCUUCUGA